GAGAGAGAGGGCAGAGUGGGGAAGGGGAGGGCAGGAGGGGCUCUCUCUGGCAUAUCACACUAGAAAGAAAAAAUUGUCCUCAGGUCUUUGGGCCUGAGCAAGGUAUUUUAUGUGGAAGACAAGGACAGCGAUUGUUACAGCAAAAGACAAGUCUGACAACAUGCCUCCACUUCUGUCUCUGUCAGCUGUCUGCCUUCUACUCUUCUCCACAGUGGACCCAUCCAUCCCUCUUCAGGAAGUCCGUGUGAGCAGGGAGACCAUUGGCAAGAUCGCAGUGGCCAGCAAACUGAUGUGGUGCUCUGCGGAGGCCGACAUCCUGUUUCUCUUAGAUGGCUCUCACAGCAUCGGGAAAGGGAGCUUCGAGAGAUCCAAGCGCUUUGCCGCCGCUGUCUGUGAUGCUCUGGACAUCAGCCCUGAGAGGGUCAGAGUGGGAGCCUUGCAAUUUGGUUCCACUCUUCAUCUGGAAUUCCCUUUGGACUCCUUUUCAACGCGACAGGAAGUGAAGGCAAACAUCAAGGGGAUAGUUUUCAAGGGUGGACGCACAGAGACAGGCCUUGCUCUGAAACACCUGCGCAGAGGGUUCCCCGGAGGCAGAAAUGGUACCGUGCCCCAGAUCCUUAUCAUCAUCACGGAUGGCAAGUCCCAGGGGCCCGUGGCUCUGCCGGCUAAGCAGCUGAGAGAAAGCGGCAUCGUUGUGUUUGCCGUUGGGGUCCGCUUUCCCAGGUGGGACGAGCUGCUCACACUGGCCAGUGAGCCUAAGCAGCAGCACGUGCUGUCAGCUGAACAAGUGGAGGAUGCCACCAACGGCCUGCUCAGCGCCCUGAGCAGCUCGGCACUCUGCACCCCUGCUGACCCAGAUUGCAGGGUGGAAGCUCACCCCUGCGAGCGCAAGACGCUGGAGACCGUCAGGGAACUCGCUGGCGAUGCCCUGUGCUGGAGGGGAUCGAGGCAGGCGGACGGUGUGCUGGCCGCACGCUGUCCCUUCUACAGCUGGAAGAGAGUGUUGCAAACACACCCUGCCACCUGCUACAGGACCACCUGCCCAGGCCCCUGUGACUCCCAGCCCUGCCAAAAUGGAGGCACAUGCAUUCCAGAGGGUGUGGACAGAUACCGCUGCCUCUGCCCGCUGGCGUUCGGAGGGGAAGUCAACUGUGCCCCAAAGCUGAGCCUGGAAUGCAGGAUCGACGUCCUCUUCCUGCUGGACAGUUCGGCAGGCACCACCCUGGAGGGCUUCCGGCGAGCCAAGACCUUUGUGAAGCGCUUCGUGCAGGCCGUGCUGAGUGAGGACUCUCGGGCCCGCGUUGGGGUGGCCAGCUACGGCAGGGACCUGAAGGUGGCCGUGCCUGUCGGGGAGUACCAGGACGUGCCAGACCUGGUCAGGAGCCUCGACAGCGUUCCCUUCGGUGGUGGCCCGACCCUGACCGGCGGUGCCUUGCUGCAGGUGGCAGAGCAUGGCUUUGGGAGUGGCAGCAGGACAGGCCAGGACAGGCCCCACAGAGCCGUGGUUCUGCUUACUGAAGCACACUCCCAGGAUGAGGUGGCCGGGCCAGCAGCUCACGCGAGGGCUCGGGAGCUGCUGCUCCUGGGCGUGGGCAGCGAGGCCGUGCAGGUGGAACUGGGGGCCAUCACAGGCAGCCCGGAGCAUGUGAUGGUCUACACGGACCCUCAGGAUCUUCUCGGCCAAAUCCCGGAGCUGCAGAGGAGGUUGUGCAGCCAGCCACGGCCAGGCUGCCAAGCACAGUCGCUGGACCUGGUGUUCCUGCUGGACGCCUCCGCCUCGGUGGGGCCGGAGAACUUCGCCAGGAUGCAGACCUUCGUCAGGAAAUGCGCUCUCCGCUUCGACGUGAACCCCGACGUCACUCAGGUUGGCCUGGUGGUAUACGGCGGCCAGGUGCAGACAGCCUUCGGGCUGGACACCCAUCCCACCCGCGCUGCCGUGCUGCGGGCCACGAGCCAGGCUCCCUACCUAGGGGGGGUGGGCUCCGCUGGCACGGCCUUGCUGCACAUCAGUGACAAGGUGAUGACUGUCCAGAGGGGCGCCCGCCCUGGUGUCCCCAAGGCUGUGGUGAUGCUCACGGGAGGGAGCGGGGCAGAAGACGCAGCUGUCCCUGCCCAGAAGCUGAGAAACAAUGACGUCUCGGUCUUGGUUGUGAGCGUGGGGGCUGUCCUCGGGGAGACGGUGAGGAGGCUCGCCGGUCCCCGGGACUCCCUGAUCCACGUGGCAGCUUACUCGGACCUACGGUACCACCAGGACACGCUCGUCGAGUGGAUAUGUAGAGAAGCCAAGCGGCCGGUGAACCUCUGCAAACCCAGCCCGUGCAUGAACGAAGGCAUCUGUGUCCUGAAGCAUGGCGGUUACCGCUGCGAGUGCCGCGGUGGCUGGGAAGGCCCCCACUGUGAGAACCGCGUCUUGAGAGGGGAUGUACUCAUGCCACAUAGCUCCCACCAAGAACCUGCAGGAGGACAGCAGCCAACCCCCUCCCAGCAUCUCAGAAGCUGAAAGGCACCAACUGUGGCCUGGUGCACCCCCCGGGGGUCCUGUGGGACAUCUGCUUCCAGCUCUAAGUGUGGCCGCCCUGCCCUACAGCCUCUGCCACAGAGUUGGGGACUCCUUCCGAGGUGUCAGUAUUUACCUCCUGUGACAGUUUGUCACCUCUCCUGAGGAUCAGAACUGGGCCAGGGAGACUUGAUGGCCCGUCUGAGGGUCAUUUUGAGCAUCACCGACACUAGACAGAGUGUUGAAAUGGCGGGGCGCUUAAGAGGAAGGCGUCUGACGGCCACCGCACCGUGCAGUGACGGGAUUGACACAAAGGGCAGCCUUCUCCACGCCCCCCAGCUAUCUCACACUGGUUUAGUUUGGAUAGGGAUCAGUGCGCCAUUUCUGACCUUUUUCCAGUGACCAGAGACCUGUGUGUGGGAAAGACCUGGGAAGGUCUCCGACAGCAAUCUGACCAAUGUACCAGUUUGUGUCUAGGGAAGGGGGGCAUAUUUCCUAAGGGUCCUCCCUCCCCGUGUGGUUGGCCUGGGUGCUGCGCAGUAAGACCUUCGGGAGGGGGGGGCUUCCUUUUGGGUUACUCGGGAGAGGAGGCGACUUGGUAGUGCGGGGGCUGUCUAUCCUCUUUGCAGUGGUGGAAGUGAAGGGCAGACUUCUCGGGCUCAGCCGGUGAGGGUGACGGUGACUGGAGCUUCCUUUUCUAAUGUGCCUCGGGUUACUGUGUCUUACGCGCUCCUCACACCCCGUCGUCUGUUGAACCCUUUGCACAUGGUAUCUGUGUGGCAAAGAGGACCCCGUGGAGCAUCUUCUGCUAACCAGGCACCUAACCGCAGUGCUCACAGGUGCUCUUCCCUGACCCCGCUUGCCCGUGCUGUUUGGGAGCCGGCUUUUCAGUGGCACCAUUGCCGAGCUCGGGGAGCUGCAGGGCAGCCUUGGAGAAGUAGCGGUAGUGCCGCGUGCCGCGUAUGACUUAUGCGCCCUCUACGAGACUCCCCCCCACCAUUACAGGUGUAGGGAACUUUGCCGGUGUUCUGUGGGUCCAUCCGUCUGUCUGUCUGAGACAAUACUUCUCUCUCCAGGUUUGUAGUAUGCUUUACCUACUCCAUUUUUUUCUUCACAUAUAGACCAUGGAUGCGAGUGGUUACAUAUUGUUAUAUUUUAGUCACUGAGUCAAUUUUUUUUGCCUCCUGGAUUAAGAUUUAUUUUUAUUUUGUAAUACAUAGACCUUUUCAUAUUGGAGCAGUGCUAACUUUUCAUGGAACACCUGAAUUUCCCAAACUUUUACACUGCUGUUGUAGUCAUAAUAUUUCCUUGUAAAACCUCGUCAGUGUCUGUAGUUAAGGCUUCCUAGUCAAUUUUGCUACUUCGUUUGCUUAGGCUCUUUUUUUUUUUUUUUUUGUCACAGCAGCAUGUUCAAGGAGUCAGGAUUUUGGUCGCGUUGAUUUUUAAAUACAAAAUAAAUACAUGUAUGUUUCUGAA